GUCGUUUGUAUAGUAUUAGUACUCGUCGAGUUCUCGAAAAGACAUGAUUGGCUGCGACAGAGCUCUCUGGCUUUCUUUUCCUUCUUUCUACAUAGAGAAGAAGAAGAAGAAGAACGAAGCAACCCCAGAAAGGCAGAAACCGUACGAGCAAAGGGCCAUACCCAUCUCUCUAGCUCUCCCAGUUUCUCUCUCUAGGUCCCUCUCUCUACCUUCGAACUUCCAAUGCUGAGAGGUUCGAGUGGGUUGAUGAGGAGGAUCUGAAGUUUGAGCCAAAGACUCAAACUUGCGUCGGAUCUGCAGAAGACUGGAAUCACUGGUGAACAAGUCCUCUCAGUUUCUUUUUUUGCCGUUCCCAGCUUCAGGGAUCAGACAAUGGGUAGCGUUGCCAAUGAAGAAUCGGCAAUCAAGCAGUUCCAGUCUCUGAUGGAAGAAGUAGAUGAGCCACUGAAGACUGCAUACGAGACUGUCCAUCAGGGGUAUCCAAGAGAAACUCUGGUGCGGUUCUUGAAAGCAAGAGAUUGGAAUGUCGCCAUAGCCCAUAAGAUGUUGAUUGAUAGUCUAGAGUGGAGAAUGCAAAAUGAUAUCAACAGUAUCUUAACGAAACCCAUUGUUCCUGCUGAUUUAUAUAGAGCAGUUCGGGAUACUCAGCUUGUGGGAUUAUCGGGCUUUACAAGAGAGGGUCAUCCUGUCAUUGCUAUUGGUCUUGGGCUCAGCACGUAUGACAAAGCAUCUGUGAACUACUAUGUGCAAUCUCACAUUCAAAUGAAUGAAUAUAGAGAUCGUGUGGUGCUGCCCUAUGCAACAAAAAAGUAUGGGAGAUAUAUCGGCACUUGUGUGAAAGUUUUGGAUAUGACCGGUUUAAAGCUUUCGGCACUUAACCAAUUAAAGCUUCUGACAGUAAUAUCUACAAUUGAUGACUUGAAUUACCCAGAGAAGACAGAAACUUACUAUAUCGUGAACCCACCUCGUAUAUUUUCAGCUUGUUGGAAGGUCAGCACCUAUCUUGGUUCUUUUUUGUUUUCCUCGAUAAGAUAUUUAAAUCAUAAAACAGUGAAAUUCUUGGAAUGGUUGCAGGUCGUAAAACCGCUUUUGCAAGAGAGAACAAGGAGGAAAAUUCAAGUUCUUCAUGGUUGUCCCAAAGACGAGCUAUUUAAGAUAAUGGACUACUCAUCCCUCCCGCAUUUUUGUAGAGGCGAAGGCUCGGGAUCAUCCAGUGGAUCUGAUAACGGAACAGUAGAUGAUUGUUUCUCCUUAGACCACACCUUCCACCAACAGCUCUAUAACUACAUUAAACAACAAGCUUUGCUCAUGGACUCGUCACCAGUCAAACAGGGUUCCGUCCACGUGACUUUUCUCGAGCCCGAACCUGACGAUGCCGAGAUUGCCCAGACAAUCGAGUCAGAGAUCCACAAGCUUGGUGAGAAUAAGAGGGGGCUUGUGAGUAUGAUGAGCGGGCUUAAAGUGAAUGGCAGCUGGAAGGGUUGGUUCUGAUCCGGCCACCUGACUACUUAUCGGGGGCAACAUCUGUAGCUACUGAAUAUAGUCUAAUAACAUUUUGCUGUGUAGUUUACUCCCAUCACGUGUAUUAAGGAGAUGGGUAUCAGAGGUGUACCCACUUUGGGUGGCUAAUCCUUUACUUUUAUCCUCUCGACGUUGCCAAUUCCUUAAGGAAGUGAAAGCUUAUGGUAUGGGUAAGCUCGAUUCUAGUGCUCCAUAGUUGAUAGAAGCAUUGAAGUCGUGUGGACAUCUUGGAACUCUCUGAGUGUUGUAAUUGAUUAUGAACUGAAAGUAUAUAGGAUUAGAUAGUACAAUGAAAAAUGCUGAUUUCUUGAUCCUCCAA